AUGGUGACCAUAGAAGGGGACUCCAAGUGCAAACAGACAUCUUCUUAUAGGGCAGGCAAGAGGGUGGAAUUUGAAGGUUUUGUACUCAAAUUCAUUGCCAUGUCUUCUGAAGAAGGGAAGCUUUUCGUGGGAGGGCUGAACUUCAUCACCAAUGAGCAGGCUCUGGAAGACCACUUCAGCAGCUUUGGUCCUAUCUCUGAGGUGGUUGUUGUCAAGGACCGGGAGACUCAGCGAUCCCGGGGUUUUGGUUUCAUCACCUUCAGCAAUCCAGAGUAUGCCUCAGAUACCAUGAGAGCCAUGAAUGGAGAGUCUCUGGAUGGUCGCCAGAUCUGUGUGGAUCACGUGGGCAAGUCAGCCAGGGGAACUAGAGGAGGUGCCUUUGGGGCCCAUGGGCGUGGUCGCAGCUACUCUAUAGGUGGAGGGGACCAGGGCUAUGGGAGUGGUAGAUAUGACAGUUGA